GCGUACACCAUACCACCAACAUCGAUGCUCGUCGUUGGCCUGACGGGCGGCAUAGCUACUGGAAAAUCGACAGUCUCUGCUCUUCUGAGCGCUUCUGGUAUCCCUAUUAUUGAUGCCGACGUUCUCGCUCGUGAGGUCGUCGCUCCCGGCACCCGUGCACUCUCCAAGAUAGCGGCGUAUUUUGGACCUGAUGUCAUCCUUCCUGACGGCUCGCUCGACCGCAAGAAGCUCGGUUCCAUUGUCUUCAAUGACGAGACUAAACGAAGAAAGUUGAACUCCAUCGUGCAUCCUGCUGUAACACGCGCAAUUCUCUGGAAUAUACUUGGGUGCUGGAUACGGGGUGAACGUAUGUGUGUCGUUGACGUACCACUUCUCAUUGAGGGCGGACUCUGGAAAUGGAUGGGUCGCAUUAUCGUGGUGUAUUGUUCCCCGGAGAUCCAGCUCCAACGCCUCAUGGCGCGUGACAAAUCCACUCACGCCGAAGCCUCAGCUCGACUCACCUCUCAACAACCAAUAUCCUCCAAAAUUGCGUACGCAGACAUUGUCAUCGAUAACUCUGGGUCACGUUCUGAACUGGAGGAGCAAGUUCUACUGAGCGUGAAGCGGCUGGAACACACAGUUGGUAGAACGUGGGUUGUGAGCUGGCUCUUGCCGCCUUUCGGCUUGCUGUUUGCUGCAUGGACGCUUCUUGUGCGUAUGACAUUACGCACGAAGUGGAUGAACGAGAUGAGCAGAUAAAGCCGAGGAAUGGGAG